AUGAUGCCACACAAGGCUACAGCUGAUGAGACGGGUGAACUGCAUGCAGUGGAUGUGGCACGAAGCAACUCCACGGUGCAGAAGGACACCAAGGAAGGACAGACCUGCAUUGGGAAGGUGAAAAGCUUUCGCGGCGAAUGGGGUUUCAUUACCUCGGACUCUUUGGAGGGGGAUGUGUUCCUCCAUCUUCGGGAUAAUCCAGGGCUACCACCUUUGUCACCAGGGGAGACGGUCGAAUUCACCGUGGGUGGCAGCGAACGACUCCACGCUGAAAACGUGCGACUGCUGCGCCGAACUUCGCCGCUGUCAGAGCUCCUGGGGCAAAUUUGUAGCGGAACCGUCAGAAAGUUCAGUGGCGAGUGGGGGUUCAUCACUUCACCUCACUUCGAUGGCGACGUUUUCGUGGGCUUGAGAAGCAACCGACAUUUGGGUGGCCCCUUGGUGACUGGAGACAUUGUUGAGUUCCGGAUCACGCGAGAUGUGAGCAAAGAGAAAGACACCUUCGAAGCCUCCAACGUGCGCAUCCUGAGCCCCGCGACGCAUGCGACGACUUCACCGGUGCUCCCGGUGCUCCCGGUGCCGGUCCCGUCCCGGAGCCGAUCGCCCAGGAAGGCGCGGGAGAUGGCCACGUUGGUGGGGAAAAAGAGUUUUAGAGGCGACUGGGGCUUUGUGAUCUCGGAAUCCUUCGCCGGGGAUCUCUUUGUUGGAACUAGGUCAAAUGGACAUUUGUCGACCAGCUUGAAAGAGGGAGACAUGAUUAGCUUCAGAGUAGAGAUAGGAUCUGGCAAGGCAGAGGUGGAGAACGAUUUGGAUCGAAUCUUGCGACACUCCAGAGGCAAGAGCUGCAGCUAUGUUUGCCAGAAGUAUAUUGAAAAUCCUUUGCUGAUUGGCGGCGCCAGGAAGCAUGACAUUCGUCAGUGGGUCAUGGUCACGGCGCUGAAUCCCUUGACCAUUUACUUCUUCAGCGAAUGCUAUGUCAAACUCGCUGCAGAAGACUACUCCUUGGAUGACUUUGGGGACCGUUUUAAGCAUCUCACGCACACUGUGAUCAUGAAAAAUCAUCCCAACUUCAAUCCCGACGAUGAAGACUGGAGAUGUCAGUGGACGCAGGACAGAUAUCGCAGCCUUCUCUCAGAGAAGGCUGGCUACGAUGUGUGGAACGACAAGAUUCGACCCGCCAUGCAGAAGAUCGUGGUGAAUUCAUUGCUCAGUGUGGCAGAAGUUUUAUCAAAGUCUGAGAAUCACUCGUGCAGCUUCCAACUCUUCGGCUACGACUUCAUGGUGGAUGAUGAGUACAAUGUUUGGCUAUUGGAAGUGAAUGAUAUUCCCAUGUUGAAAGCUUCCGGCCCCGUGACCAGUCGCUUGUGCGACCCUUGUUUAAGGGAAGCCCUGGGCAUGAUCUUUGAUGUGGAUACGUCGCCGAAGAAUGAGGGCCUGCGUUUCGAGCUUCUGUAUCGUGGGCCUGAGAUUCCAAAACUGCCCAAGACUGCCUUGGAGUUCAGCGUUGAUGGACGAAAGCUGCUGCCCAAAGCAAUUCCAGGCCCUGCUCGUGCACCUUCCUUGCGACUGAGCGCACGAAGGGACCAGGAGUUGCAAGACCUCAUGGACAAGCGCCGCCUGAAAGAGGGGAAGGAGCAACAAGAAAAAGAGCGUCAACUUCGCCUAAGGCGUUCGUUGGCCAAGAAAUUGCUCGGAGGAAAAAGCAUCUCAUCCCCUUGCUUGGAGAAUUUGAAGGAUCGGCAUGUGGAUUGA